AUGGGGGUGCACUUGANCUGCAAAGAUUUGAUGCUCCCUCCUCAGGGCGCCGGCUCCUUCGGGCUCCUCUUUGACAUUGAUGGGGUGCUGGUGCGGGGCAGGACCCCCAUCCCUGCAGCCAAGCAGUGCUUCAAGAACCUGGUGGACCGCCAUGGGAAAUACAAGGUGCCUGUGGUGUUUGUCACCAACGCUGGGAACUCCAUGAGGCAGGCUAAAGCAGAGCACCUGUCACAUCUGCUUGAGGUGGAGGUGACUCCAGACCAGGUGAUGCUGUCUCACAGUCCUUUGCGAAUGUUCACCGAUAUCCAUAAAAUGCGGGUGCUGGUGUCGGGACAGGGUCCCAUAGAGGAGGUCGCUCACAACCUGGGCUUUCAGGAUGUUGUUACCAUAGAUAUGCUCAGGGAUGCAUAUCCUCUUCUAGAUGUCGUAGAUCACAACAGAAGGCCCAAGGACAAGAUUCCCCCCACAAAAGGCUUACGACCAAUAGACGCUGUCAUCCUAUUUGGUGAGCCAAUCAGAUGGGAGACCAACCUCCAGCUUAUUGUUGAUGUCCUCCUGUCUAACGGGAACCCAGACAAUGUUUGGAACGCGGCGCGGUACCCUCACAUCCCACUCCUGGCCUGUAACAUGGACCUGCUGUGGAUGGCCGAGGCGAAGAGUCCCAGGUUUGGUCACGGUAUGUUCCUGGUGUGCUUAGAGAGCAUGUACAAGAAGGUCACAGGCUUUGAUCUGAAGUACGAGGCUCUGAUCGGUAAACCCAGCGUGGUGACGUAUAACUACGCCGAGCUGCUGAUCAGAGAGCAGGCCAAGAGGCUGGGCUGGACCACGCCUGUGAAGCGGCUGUAUGCUAUAGGUGAUAACCUCAUGUCGGACAUAUACGGCGCCAACCUCUACGACCACUACCUUCAGGCUUCCCAGCGCACCAAGGCCAAGAUGCAGGCCAAGAGUGGGGGAGGAGGCUCAGAAACUGUUGAAGACGCCCUGAAAAUGACCUCAGCAGAACUGGGCGGAGCGUCAGGUGUGCACAGGACAGAGGGGGACCUCCCUGAGGGCUGCAGCUCCAUCCUGGUGUGCACAGGAGUGUACAGCAGAGAGAUGGGGCUGCCCUCAGACCCUGCCCACGCCGUGAAGGAUCAGCCCACCUUCCACGGCCACAGGGACUUCCGCUUCGACCCCAGCCUCACGGAGCCGACCUUCCUGGUGGAGGAUGUGAAGGAGGCGGUGGAGCUGGUGUUCCAGCAGGAAGGCUGGCCUCUGGAGUAGGAUGAGCGGCUUCAUCAAUAACAGCCGUCCAGAAAACAACUGUAACCAUCCUAAACCGGUAGCUGCACCAUCUAUAAGAGUUGUUUUGUUACUAACAUCCGUCCCUAAUCCUGACUGGGGAUAUGAAGCUGUUUCAGUGGCUUGUUUUUACAGAUUUUUAUAAAGUGCCGUAGAAUUAAAUGCAAACAGCAACAGUAUGCAAUCCUUUUUAAGUUGGUCAUGUUUGAUAGUGUGUCACAGACUGCUACAGUAUUUAUAUUGCACAACACAUCCACAAACACACACAAUUGCCCUACCUACUACUACUACUACUGUAUAUGUCAAUUGAUCAAGUAGAAAGUGUCCAUUCUUGCCUUUUUUAUGCAGCUUUCUCUUUUUAUAAAACGCACAUGGAUUUUAAGGAAGUCUAGGUUUUGAGUUACUAAACUGACAUUUAUAGAGUACUGUAAGUUCAUGUAUGAUUGUUAAAACAUAUUUACACGUUUACCUGGAUAACAUUCAGAAUAAUCCAGAAAGACCUUAUCUUGCCUUUCCAAAAUAUACCUAGACCAUUUCUGCAGUUUUUUUUACUGCUAUCAUAUUUCAGCUUGAUUUGUUUUUGCAUGUGGAACCACUAAUGGUGAUAAGAUUAAGUUGGUUUCAGUUUAGUACCUCAUACAUUUUAACCUAUGUCCAGAGUAAUGUCAUUUUAUUUUUGUUUUUUUGGGGGGUAUUUUUUUAAUUUAUACACAAUAUCACAGUUUCAAAAGAAUGUGCUUUUUUGUCGUCUGAUGGUUAAAGUCUAAGGGAAAUAGUUUGAAAUGUUAAUUGAAAUGUCAGUAAUACAAUAUUUUUGUUGAAGAUUAAUAAAGUAUUUACAUUAAAGUA